UACACACAACCAUUCACAAGUCUUGUAGUAAACAGAGAUCCUGAAUAAGUUCAGUGUCUCACUUGGUUCAUGUACUGUCGUUUCCAGCGAAAAAAAAACUGAAACUCUUCACACAAAAGGCAAAAACACAAUCUCUUCUUAAUGGGAACAAAGAGCUUCGACCUAAUUACACAUUGUUUUUUCUCAGCUUACACAUAAAGCCUCCCAGAGCGAUCCAUUCGUCCGUGAGGGGGUUUUGGGUUUGUUCUACGACCUUAUAAUCCUCUGUUUCGCAAUUCGACAGGUACUUUUUGUUUGUCUUUUUAUGUUUUGGCAGAUAGUCUUGGGUUUUAGAAUAUGUCUGCGAGGAUUAAAAGCUUUCAGCUUUUUUUGCCACUGCCUUGUGAAGAAAGCUUUCAACUUUAUCUCUUGAGAUUCUUCAAGGGUUAUUUUAAUCUCCUUCAAAUUCAUAACUUCAGAUUUAUCAGCCAAAAAGGUUUAGUCUCGUUGGACAGCUACAAAACCCACUUGUGUUUCUUCUCUUUUUUGCGUCCUUCCAUAAUUUAAAUAUAUAUAAAAAAAGAGCUCUUUUUUCCAGCUACAAAGCCCACUCUGUUUCUGGGUUCUCUCCUUCGUUGAGAAUUUGUUUUUGUUUUUUUUUUCUUUUUCUUUCUGGUUUUGUGUUUUAGUUUGGAGAGAAAAUGGGACAGGUUCCGAGGAUUCUGUCGUGGAGGAACAUGUUGGUCCUCUCGUUGGCCGUAAACUUCAGCUUGAUUCUUAGGAUUUUGAAGGGUGGCGGUGGAAAUUCCUUGGAUAUAAUGGCGUAUGUUAGCAUAUGGCCUGUGGUUUCCACCUCCUUGGAUAGAACGGCGUAUAAUAGCAUGUGGCCUGUAGUAUCCAGAACGGCCUCCGGAACGUCUUCCUUAUCUUCGUCAUCUUGCAACUAUAACGAGAUUGAAGAAGAUGAUGAUAGAAUUAUCAAUCUCAAACUUGGCGAUCCAACGGUGUAUGAGAGGUACUGGCAAGAAAUGGGGGAGAUGACAACAAUGGUGAUACCUGGAUGGCAAUCUCUCAGCUACUUCUCAGAUAACAACAACAACCUUUGUUGGUUUCUUGAACCAGAGCUUGGCAAAGAGAUUGUGAGGGUACAUAAGGUUGUUGGGAACGCUGUAACGCAAGACCGGUUCAUUGUUGUUGGCACUGGCUCUACACAGUUGUAUCAGGCUGCUCUCUACGCUCUCUCCCCACACGAUGAUUCGGGUCCCAUUGAUGUCGUCUCAGCUGCACCCUUCUAUAGUUCAUACCCGUUGAUUACAGAUUGUCUCAAAUCGGGUUUAUAUCGAUGGGGAGGAGAUGCAAAGACAUACAAGGGAGAAGGUCCAUACAUUGAACUUGUUACAUCUCCAAACAACCCUGAUGGGUUCUUGAGACAUUCGGUAGUGAACCGUAGUAAAGGUAUACUGAUCCAUGAUUUGGCGUACUACUGGCCACAGUAUACGCCGAUAACAUCGAUAGCUGAUCACGACGUAAUGCUCUUCACUGCUUCAAAGAGCACUGGCCAUGCAGGGAUGCGCAUAGGAUGGGGUUUGGUGAAAGACAGAGAGACGGCGAGGAAAAUGACAGAGUACAUAGAACUCAACACGAUUGGGGUUUCAAAGGACUCGCAGCUUCGAGCAGCCAAGGUUUUGAAAGUUGUAUCAGACAGUUGUGGAAGAAGUGGUAAUGAAACGAAAACUAAAUCCUUCUUUGAGCACAGUUAUGAUGCCAUGUCCGAGAGGUGGAAGCUAUUGAGACAAGCAGCAAAGAAUAGUAAACGUUUCACCGUUCCUGAUUUCACCUCUCAACGCUGCAAUUUCCUUGGCAAGGUCUUUGAGUCACAACCAGCUUUUGCAUGGUUAAAAUGUGAAGAAGGGAUUAUAGAUUGUGAAAAGUUUCUGAGAGAGAAGAAGAAGAUUCUAACGAAAAGUGGAAAGUAUUUUGGAGAUGAUCAGAGUUAUGUCAGAAUAAGCAUGUUAGAUAGAGAUUCUAACUUUAAUAUUUUCCUUAGCAGGAUUUCAUCUUCCUUCAAUUCAACUUUGUGAGUACAUGCACAUGUGAUGAUAUAGAUCUAUGUCAUAACAUUGUAACAACUGUUCUCUCCAUUUUAUUGGAAAUUUGAAUAAUGACCGA